AUGGCAACGUCAAUUCAACUUGUCAAGGCUGCGUUGGAGCGCCUUGCGCUCGACCCGAGAUACCACGACCUGUUGUCGCUCGUCAAGACUGCCCGCAACGGCGCCGUCUACGGAACCAAGGUCCGGUUUCCACACGCGCUGGUCAUCAUCUUCCUCUUCCGAUCCGGAACAUUCCGACAAAAGAUGGGUCUCGUAAUGAGGGCCACCCGAAAGCACGCCACCAACCUGGCUCGAUUCGCAACGAUAUACAAGUUGGUUGUGCUUGCGUUGAGACACUGGGGCCCAACGCCCGGCAAGGAGGGACCCUACGACACCUUCAUCGCCGGUCUCGUGGGCGGGUACAUUGUCUUCGGCCAGCGAUCGAAGCGCAACGGCAAGGUCUCGUCCGUCAGCCAGCAGAUCGUCAUCUACAUCUUUGCGCGCGUGGCGCUGGCGCUGGCACGCAUCGCCGUCAAGCCCGGGCACGGAUUCCCCGUCGUAUCCAAGGAGCCUCUGCACUCCCAAAUCAGCCACUACGCCUGGCCGGCCUUUGCCUCCCUCUCCUGGGCCAUGGUCAUGUUCCUCUUCAAGACGCAUCCCGAGGACCUGCAGUCCAGCCUGCGCAGCAGCAUGACCCCCGUCGACGACCUCAAUGCCGCCGUCGACUCCUUCUUCGGCCAGGCGCUCGGCGUCGUGGCCACGCGCUCGGUCCUCGGCGCCUUCCUGGCGGCCCUCGAGGCGCUCGAGAAUCCAGACAUUUGGAUCCAGGUCGGCACGCGCACGCUCUCGGUGCUCUCGUCGCAGCCGUCGUCCUUUUUCGACGCCCAAGCUACCCUCUGCGACCUGGUGGCCACCGCCCACGAGGCCAACGAGGACUUCGCAGACGCCGCCAGGGUCCUGACGGAAAUCCCGCUCGACAGCUCGCAGCGCAAAGUCACAGACGAGGAAAGGGCCUGCAUCUGGGUUCGAAUCGUCCGCAACUACCUCGAGGACGAGGACCCCACGGCGGCCGAGACGUACGUCAACAAACUCAAGAACAUCAUGCACACCGUCUCGGACCCAGACCUGAACCUGCACUUCAGGCUCUCGCAGGCGCGGAUCCAGGACGCAAAGAGGGACUUCCUGUCGGCCUCGCAGCGCUACCACGACAUCAGCCUCUCGCCCGCCGUUGCCGAGGAGGAGCGCCUGCACACCCUCGCCAUGGCCGUCAAGUGCGCCGUCCUGGCCCCCGCCGGCCCCAUGAGAAGCCGCACGCUCGGCCGGCUGUACAGGGACGAGCGGUCCGUGCAGCUCGACGAGUUCGGCAUCCUCGAGAAGAUGUUCCUGGACCGGCUGCUGUCGCAGGCAGAGGUGGAUAAGUUCGCCGAGGCGCUGGGGCCGCACCAGCUGGCGACGACCUCGGACGGGUCGACCGUCCUCGCGAGGGCCGUCGUCGAGCACAACCUCCUCGGCGCGUCUAGGCUGUUCAACAACAUACGGUUCGAGGCGCUGGGCGCGCUGCUGGGGCUGGACGCGGCCAAGGCGGAGGAGACGACGGCCCGCAUGAUUGAGCAGGGCCGGCUCGUCGGCCGGAUAGACCAGCUGGAUGGCAUCGUGUGGUUCCAAGGCGGCGAGGCGUCCGGGGAGAAGGGCAGUGGCAGGGCCGAAGUCGUCGCGGGCAAGGAGAUGCGCACGUGGGACGCCAACGUGGAGAGCCUGUCGGAGGACGUCGAAAACGUGACCAAUUCCUUGCAGAGGGAGUUUCCGGACUUUGUGGCAGCAAAUCUUGCCGUAUGA